GCACAAAUAUAUCUUAAGACGCCCACUAGCAGUAUUAAAUAAUAUACGAGACAACUAAUGAAAGAGAUAAAACAAAAACCACCAUCUCUUUGAGCUUCACGGAUCGCAACAAUGUCGGACGAAGUAAUUCUUCUCAACUUCUGGCCGAGCAUAUUUGGAAUGAGAACGACGAUUGCGUUGGAAGAGAAAGGAGUCAAGUACGAGUAUAGAGAAGAAGAGGAUGUCAUCAAUAACAAAACUCCCUUGCUUCUUGAGAUGAAUCCGGUUCACAAGAAAAUCCCGGUUCUCAUCCACAAUGGUAAACCGGUUUGCGAAUCUAUCAUACAAGUUCAGUACAUAGACGAGAUCUGGCCCGACAAGAAUCCAUUCCUCCCUAAAGAUCCUUACCAGAGAGCUCAAGCUUUGUUCUGGGCUGAUUUCAUCGAGAAGAAGUUGUGUGUUUGUGGGAGGAGGGUUUGGACAACGAAAGGUGAAGAGCUAAAAGCAGCUAACAAGGAGUUUCUUGAACUACUCAAGAUUCUACAAUCUGAGCUUGGAGAUAAACCUUACUUUGGUGGUAAUAAAUUCGGGUUUGUAGACAUUGUCCUGAUUGGCUUCUAUUGUUGGUUUCCUGCAUACGAGAAGUUUGGUAACUACAGCAUGGAAUCAGAGUGUUCGGAACUGAUGGCUUGGGGUAAAAGGUGCAUGCAGAGAGACAGUGUUGCUAAGGCUUUGCCUGAUCCAGAGAGAAUUAUUGGAUACGUUUUACAUCUAAAGAAGCUAUUUGGGCUCGAGUAAGAUAAAAUCAAUUUAUUUGCUCUUUCUAUUAUGUUCCUACUUGAUAGUCUCUAAAGUGGAAUCUUGUUCUGAAAAUAAGAUGCUUUGCUUCUGUUGAGUUAGAUGUUUGAUCUCAAUUCUUGUAACCUGCCCCAUGUAGUAUCACAUAUCUUAAUACGCCACUAGCAGUGUUAAUUAAUAUACGAUAUAGUAUAAAGUUAUUAUAAA